AAAGUUUAACAAUCAUAAGCUUUGUAAAAGGCAUAUAAAGAGAUUCAGUUGUAAAGCAAAACGAGAGAAACAUAUCAUAGAAAGAAGGGUAAAGGCUAAGAAGUAAACAUGACUAGUUUCAUUCCGUUGCUUUUUUGUAUAUUGCUGGAAGUUUCAAAUGGUUUGGAGUACGAAUUAGUAAGGUCAAACAUUAAUCCUGAUGAAAUCACUGAUAAAAUCGCUUUUAAAACAGACAAUGAGGAUAUCUGUAUCAAAUAUGGCGCAAUCAAUUUAACAAAAACAGAGAAUAGAGUGACUUGCGCGUGCCCAAAGAAAACGACAUUCUAUAGCAUGCAUACCGAGCCACCUGCUUGUCAUUCAACCGAUGCACAAAGUUUAGGAGGUUGUGGCUGUAUUGGAAAGUGUAUGUCUUUUAUCACAGCUGAGCUGUCAAUGAAAAGAGUAUUUUUGGAACCAGUAGCGUCGUGUAGCAUAUACACACCAAGAUAUACAAUAAGAAAAUGGACAAUGAAUGGUUGGGAAGAAAUUUUUAGACCAAAUGAUUUACUAAUCAAAUAUUCCGUAGAGGAUAACAAAGGAGUAUUGAGAUUCCAUUGGAAAGUUGAUGGAUUUCAAGUUAUAUCACACUAUAGUGGAAACAUAUUUUUCAUUACUGCCUUCUGUGGUGUAAAGAAACAUUGUUUUUUAGCAAGCUCCCCAGGGACAAAAAAGUACAACACGCUUGAACAAACUACAACGACAACAACUAACUUAAAAACAAUAAAAAAAUCAACGGUAACAACUACAAAAAUCGUACAUACGACUAAACAUUCAAACACAACAAAAAAGGAUUCAGAAGAAAAAUCAUCAAAUUUAGUGACGAUUGUUAUUAUUUUCAUUGUUUUGUUUUUAAUCAUAAUCAUUUUAAUUGUGGGGGUGUUAAUUUACAGGAGAAAAUCAAAAAGCAGUACCAAACACACAACUACUGAUGCUCAAAUGCAAAAAACAGCUGCUGCACGUGACAGUCAAAUCCAUCUACGCCCGUAUCAUCUCAACACACAGAUGACCAUUAUUCACACAUUUAUUCGCCAUCCCAAAACAAUAAUGACCAUUAUUCAUAUAUUUCGUCGAGACCAAUAAACCAACUCCCAACGAGAGAACAAGUAAUAAGAAGCAAACUGCAGGCACAAAACCAGGAAGGUUCUAAAAAUUAUGUUACCCCCAACAUUACCUUAGUUGGUCAAAGUAUGUUGUAUGAGGUGGACGAAGUCAAUGCAUCAAUGCAAUAUGACAUUGCAUUUAUAAAUACACCAAGUGGUUAAAGAGCGUUAGAUGGAUUACUUACGAUGUGGGUCGGUCAAGUCGUUUUAUGAUAAUGCUGAGCGAGCAACGUUGUAGAAAAUUGCGAGAAAAUUAAAGUUUUCAUGUUAACGACAUUUUCACUUGAUAACUAUUGAGCCAUUGUUCAUUUUCAGUAAAGAAAUGCUUUUUGGCACGUUACUUUAUUAAAUUUGUUUUUCUAAUUUUUUUAAUGCAAAUAAACAAUAUAGGACUCGUUA